ACAUUCUGGCGAUGUGUACAGUUAAACAAACAUGCUGAUGUUCUUCUUGUGGACAAUCAGUACAUGACGCUGUAGACGAAGAUUUACAAGGACAUCCAUGUACGCAAGGUUCCUCUCACCGUUCUGUAACGGUGGAUAGUUUGAGUUUACCCAACUUGUGUAGAACGUCGGUGGCGUCAUGUCAGGGGAUGUUCAGAAGGUGUUACCGAAGCUCGGAGACAAGCGUUUGGCUUUGGCAGGAAGACAAUCUCAUCGAACCCGCAAAUUAACAUCAAUUGUUAACGAAAAACUUAAACGAAAAUACAAAACAUAUGAAAAGGUAGUCGACAAAAAUGCUAAAAGCUUCGAAUACAAAUCGUGGCAAAACACCAUGCCUAUUAAAGACACAAUGCUACGCAUUAGAGGAGCUCAAAAAUGUCUAAAGAAACGACGUGAAUCCGUGUUAUUGGAGGAGGAUCCCGAAAACAAAAAGUUUGGGAUGUAUGAUGGAAUUUCUUUGGAUACUAUGAAGUAUGAAAUAGAUAAAAUCCACCAGGACGCUCAUCCAAGGGUCAGGCGGCUUCGGAAAGUUGAACGACUUCUAGAGAGCGGAAAACAUGACGGUCGUCUGGUAAAUUAUGAUGAAAUAAAAGUCUCCUUAGACGCUAUCUUAAACCGACCCUCAUUAAUGCGUAAAAAUGAGACAAAGUUUGGUAUGGAGGGCUUUAAUGCUUACAUGCGUCCCGUUAGUGCUCACUCGUCUCCGAACACAUUUUCCUUUGACAAGGGGUCCCAUAAAGCCAAACUGCGGCUUCCACCUCUCGUCGUGAGCCGAGAAAACUCAAACCUAGGGGCAGGUUUCGACCGGAUCAAGUCAAUGUCACUUCCCACCUUGUUUAGUGAUGGCAGGUCAAGAACAUUUGCAUUUGAUGCUAAAUUUAAGCGUAAAUUUAGCACUUUUCGUAAUUAAUGACCUUCUGGAACAUAUCUUGGAUGUCCUAUGUACCAACAUAAGAUUAUGAGAAAAACUCAAGGCCAUGCUGAUCCUAUAUAUUCGAUAUAUACUCGCUUGACUUGACCCUUAAGGUCGUAUGGUUAACCGGUGUUCUGUGGCUACACUUACGCUAUCAUACAGAUGCUAUUAAAGUGACAUGGACGUAAGGUUGACACAUUGUAUGAUUAGGUUAUAUAAAACCAUUCCACGCGUUCUGUAAUUUAAAACCAUCAUUAUUAAAUCAUUGAAACUUGCCCAUAAUUUAAUUCAAUCUUAUAAGUUACUGAUAACAGUUUUGACGGUCUACGGUAGUGUGAUUUCAGUCUUUGCGAAUAGAUUACUUAUAACACGAAUAGAGCUUACCUUGUUUCCGCAAUUAUCUGCGCAAAUGUGUUGUAAAGACAUAGUCAUUGACAACGUAUUUUAACAUUCUUGUACAUGUAAAUGUAUUGAAGUGCUGGAAAUCAUAUUCGUACCUGAAUACUUACAAUGUACUUUAUAUAUUGUACCUGCUUGAAAUGAACAGUUUAAUUUCAUAAAUCUACUAUUCUAUGUGUUCCCUACACGUUUACAGAGUGUAUUAAACAUGAAUUCAAUGUGUAUUCUACCAGUAAUUAACGUGUAUUCUACCAGUAAUUAACGUGUAUUUUACCUGUAAUUAACGUGGUUUCUACAAGUAAUUAACGUGUAUUCUACCAGUAAUUAACGUGUAUUUAACCUGUAAUUAACGUGUAUUCUACUAGUAAUUGACGUGUAUUUUACCUGUAGUUAACGUGUAUUUUACCAGUAAUUAACGUGUAUUUUACCAGUAAUUAGCGUGUACUUUACCUGUAAUUAACGUGUAUUUUACCUGUAAUUAACGUGUAUUUUACCUGUAAUUAACGUGUAUUUUACCAGUAAUUAACUUGUAUUUUACCUGUAAUUAACGUGUUAUGUAUGUAACAAUUUAACAUUCGAUAUUUUCGAUAUUGUUAAAUAUUUUUAUAUUCUCGGGGUCUGUUGUAUAUUUACAUUCUGGUUGUAUGAAACUACCACACACAUAUUACAGUGUGGUAUUAUGAAUAAAAUAUUA